AUAUUCUACAGUAGAUCCUUCAAUCACCCAAAAUAUCCUCGCCGUGAGCUGAGGAAAAAAGAUGUCCCAAACCGAGUUGACGCUCAAUUAUGCGCGGGCCCAAGAUGAGAAGGAUGAGCUGCGUCAUUUGCGGAACGAAUUUCUCAUUCCUACGAAGAGAGAUCUUAAACGGAGAAAAUUAGGACCGCAUACAGAAGCUGCAGAAGCUGAGGAUGAACUGUCUACUUAUCUCUGCGGGAAUUCGCUAGGACUGCAACCAAAGCGGACUCACAAGUACAUUGAUUCGUAUCUCUCCACAUGGAAGAGCAUGGGCGUUUAUGGUCAUUUCAAACCUUUGGACGAAGCAUCGACAGUCCCUUGGGUUGACAUUGGUGACCAGGCCGCCGAGGCUGUGUGCAAAAUCGUCGGGGCGUUACCAAGUGAAGUCGCAGUGAUGCAAACACUUACCGCAAAUCUUCAUCUUCUCAUGGCAAGUUUCUACCGACCAAAUAAGGACAGGUGGAGAAUUAUAUUGGAGAGCAAAGCCUUCCCCAGCGAUCAUUACGCCAUUUACUCGCAAUGCUAUCAUCAUAAUCUUUCUCCCCAGGAGGCCAUCAUCACUCUUGAACCCUCAGAUGUAGAAACGCAUUACUUCUCAACCGAACACGUUCUCGAUGUCAUUGGCAGAUACGCAGAUACAACAGCCUUAGUGCUUCUACCUGGUAUCCACUUCUAUAGCGGGCAGUAUUUUGACAUUCAGAAAAUCACAUCCUUUGCACACGAAAAAGGUAUUACCAUCGGCUGGGAUUUAGCGCACGCUGCGGGCAAUGUGCCUGUCAAGCUGCAUGAUUGGAAUGUGGACUUUGCAGCAUGGUGCUCAUAUAAGUAUCUCAACUCUGGGCCUGGAAGUAUUGCAGGCUUAUUCGUGCACGAGCGGCAUGGACAAGUCAAGAAGAUGAAUGGCGAAGCCGCCUCAGCCCAGCUCGGCUCUGCAAGCGACGGCAAAGGCAGUACCUUUCACUAUAUUCCCCGGUUGAGUGGUUGGUGGGGUAGCGACAAAGCAAGCAGAUUCAAGAUGGACAAUGUCUUCAUUCCUAUUCCUGGGGCAGCGGGUUGGCAACUAAGCAAUCCUUCGGUUUUUGAUUGCACCAGCGUCAUCGCCAGCAUGAGCGUCUUCAAUGAAACUUCAAUCAAUGCAUUGAGAGAAAAAAGCCUCAAAUUGACAGCCUAUCUCGAGAAGCUGCUAAAAGAGUGGCCGUUAGAUUCAAAAUUGAGAAAAUACACGAUUCUCACGCCAUCAGAUCCCGAGGAGCGAGGCGCACAGCUAAGUGUGAGAUUAGAUGAAGGUUUACUUGAAGAUGUGAUGGAAGUGCUCGAGAAUGAGGGCGUCGUCGUGGAUGAAAGGAGGCCAAACGUGGUUCGUGUUGCGCCGGCUCCGUUGUACAACUCUUUCGAGGACGUGUGGAGAUUCAUGGUUGCUUUUGAAAAAUCGCUGAAGGUUGCUGUAGACAAAAGAAGAGGAGCUUCCUAAGCAGAACACAAGUUGUGGAGCUGAAUUAAGACACAGCAAUGGCACGGCGCGAAAUGUCUAUUUGAUCAGUAUACUCCUCUAAACUAAGGAUAGGGGUCAUUCUUAACGCGCUAGAAACGAAACGAGCUGCGACUAGACGUCUUGUUGCAUGUUCAUUUGCUCCCAGCUGAGUGCGUGACCUGCUGAACUGGUGUUCCAGCUUCUAUGCGU